UAUUCAGGCAUUCCCAUGACAAGUGACAAAACGGACACCUAUACAAGAAACAAAUUUCAGGGAUCUUAUGUUGAUUCAGCUGGAAGUGAUCUUGUUUAUGGUUCUGUGGAAAAUGCUAUUGGCAUGUCAGGGUAUGAUAUGAGUCAGUUAAGUGUCAAAGGCUCUGAAGUGAUCAGUUCUUCCCCUGUCUUGAUGUCAUUUCAGCAGAGUAGUUAUUCUGUCCCCAAGUCAGUGCAGUUAACUUCCCAAGUUCCACUCCGAACCAGCAAUGAGUCUGUGGCAGAGCCUGGCAGUCAGCAAUCAACAAGUUCUGGAACCAUGGCCCAGUCUAGCCCUCUGCAGUUGUCCCAGUCCAGUGGCCAACAAAUAUUACGGCCUAGCUUCCAGUCUGCAGUACAGGCCAGUAGAUGGCCUUUUAAGCUUCUGAGAGAGAAACUCCAGCAAACUGAAUCCAAAACUUCAGGUUCCAGGCCAGUUCAGAAUCCAACAUUCAGCUCUUUAAAGCUUUCUCAACCAAAAAUGGAGUCUAUAUCACAACCUAGCUUGCAACAAAUACUGCAAUAUGGCAGUGUGCCUAGCAGCCUAGCUGUGACAGGCAAUGAACUUGUUAGCCAGUCAGUCCAGUUCAGUGGCCAAACUGUAAAUCAACCAAGCAGUUUGCAGCCUCCACACAUUGACAUCUCCGUGGUCCAGCCCAGCAGCCAGCUAAUUCAACAGGUAGUUGACCCCUCUGUGGCCCAGCAACUAGUACAGGCAAGCCAAUCUGUCGCCCAGUCAAAUGACCAGCAACCAGUACAUGGAAGUUAUGUCUUUGUUGCUCAGCCCAGUGGCCUGACUCCUCUCAAGCCCCAGAACGAUAAACCUCAGUUUGGGUCCAAGCUUUCUUCCAGUAAUAGUCUUCUCCAGACACCAAGUUUUACCUCUCUUUUUCAGUACAGUAGCCAAAUACCAAGAAAAACCAGCUACCAAACUGAACCCCAAUCUGCUCUCCAACAGCCACCACCAGCCAGCUACCAAUCUGUGCCUAAACCCGAUGGUCCGCAUCAAGUGCAGGCCAGCUAUCAAUCAGAGACUCGGACUGCUUCCCAACACCCAAAACAAACCAGCUACCAGUCUGUGGGUCAGCCAGCUAUCCAGGAACCAGCACAUGAUGGCUAUCAAUCAGUGUCUCCAUUCAAUGGGCAGCAACUGGUACACACAAGUUACCAGUCAGAGACCCAGACUGGUUCCCAACACCCAAAACAAACCAGCUACCAGUCUGUGGGUCAGCCAGCUAUCCAGGAACCAGCACAAGAUGGCUACAAAUCAGUGUCCCCAUUCAAUGGGCAGCAAUUGGUACAUGGCAACUAUCAAUUAGAGGCCCAACCCGAUUUCCAACAUCCAUCACAAACAGACUACCUUUCUUUGUCUCAGUCUGAUGUGCAGCAAAUGGUACAGGCCAGCUACCAAUCAGAGACCCAACAUGCUCCCCCACAGCCAGAACAAAGCAGCUACCAGUUUUUGGGCCAGCUGCCUAUCCAACAACCAGCACAAGAUGGCUAUCAAUCCAUGGCUCAGUCAAGUGGGCAACCGCUAGUACAGGUCAGCUACCAGUUAGAGGCCCAGCUGCCUAUCCAGCAGCCAGCACAAGAUGACUAUGAAUCUUUGUCUCAGUCAAGUGAUCAGCAACCAAAUGAUGGACAGCAACUGGUACAGAUCAGCUACCAGUCCGAGACCCAGCCUGCUUUUCAACAUCCAACACAAGCUAACUACCAAUCUUUGUCUCAGUCUGAUGGGCAGCAAAUGGUGCAGACUAGCUACCAAUCAGAGACCCAGCUUGCUUACCAACAGCCAGAACAAACUAGCUACCAGUUUGUGGGUCAGCUUGCUAUCCAGCAUCCAGCCCUAGAAGCUUAUUUGCCUCAGUCCAAUGGACAGCAUCUAUUACAGACAAGCUACCAAUCAGAAGCCCAGCCUGCUCUACAACAGCCAACAAUGGUCAUCUCCUCUGUAGCCCAACCAAGUAACUUGCAAGUAGUAGAAUCCAGUUAUGAGUAUGUUGACGAGCAGAGUGGGCAACCUGUUUUCAAACCAGUGCAUUCUCAUGAGGAACCACUUUAUCAGGUUGGCUCCAAUUUUUAUUCAUGCAAAGAGCUUUCUCCUAGUUACCAAGGGAGGCUUCAACUUCCGUCUAGUUUUUCAGUCCCAUCUCUGCAUUCAGAGCCUGUUGUAGAAAUAUACCAGCCCCAAGGACAAUUCAGUUCAGAGACCAUCUCUCUAGCUGAAUACCAGAUGUCUCCUUUUACAGGGCAGGUUUUUUUUCAGCCUCAGAUGCUGCCUAGUAGUCAUUCUUUUGCUGAGUCCAGCUAUCAGUCUCAGGAACCGUCCAGUUAUGAGACUGUUUUGCAGCCUGGAUUACAGACCACUUCAGUGCUUGUGCCUUCAAUUGACCAAUCUACACUUUCCCAGGCCUGGAACAGCCCAGAUGUUUCAAACUAUGAGCCUGUGUUUCAGUCUGUGCUACCUGAACCUCCAUUUCCAGCACAGGUAGAAUAUCAGGCUAUCAAAGUUCAAGAUGCUCCUGAACCCGUUCCAAGCAGUAGGCAUUCAUCCCAUAAAUUGUUCAGGCUGUUGCAACAUGUAAAGUCUUAGAUCCUUUGUGUUUGCUUUAACAUAAAUAAAAUUUGCUUAUUCAA